GUUGAUUGCCCUGCUCUCCAAACAAAAAGAGGGGAAGUAAAACAGUGAAGGCAUUCUCCAGUAUCCAAAGACCUAACAAUGACUAUGGGCACCUACGCCUCCAACAAUCCGGUAGAAAUUCACACCGACGUUCUCUCAAAAUCCAGAGAAUCUUGCUACAAGGCUCGUGAUGCUUUUUAUGCUUGCUUUGAGAAAGAAUCUGAUAAGAAACCCACCGAAAUUGGGUGCGUGGGGCUCUUGUACCCGGUUGAGUGCAAAUCAUCCAGGGUUGAGUAUGAGAAGAGUUGUCGCGCUUCAUGGGUGAAGCAUUUUGAUAGGCUGUACUGUAGAAACAAGAGAGUGCAAAGGCUGCUGGAUGACAAUGACUCGAGGAAAGGUCCGUUGUCCCUUCCACAGCGCUACACUUUUAAGCCCAAUACUGCUUGAUUCCACAAUUUGGGUGCACUAUGUGGUGGAUCAUUCUGGAAUUGAGUAGUGUUUUUGUUGGUCAUUUUAAUAAAAUUGUACUGGGAUGGGGGUUAUAGUUAAAUAGAUAGAAACUACGGUUUACUUUUCUGUAUUAGGCUGCAAAUAGGUUAUCACUCUUUACUGUGACUGCUCACUGAUUUGCUGACUUAUUAUUCUGAAGCUUUCUAGAUUCCUGCUUAAAGUAAAUUUAUUAAUUAAAGUUAAUGAACUAUGUUUUGGUUCUUUGGGAGUA